AUGCGCGUCCGGAUUCCCCCUCUGAUUGCCUUCAUCGCCCUGCUCCUCCUCUCCUCCUCGGCCGGCCUCCUUCCGCACUCCUCUCUACCCUCCGCGCCCGAUAAUAUCCGCGACCAAAUCCCGGCCAAUACCGACAAAGUCGCCCACUUUCUAUGUUUCUUCUCUCUCAGCGCCACCUUCUACUUUAUCCUCGACACCUCGCGUCGCCGGGUCUUACAUAUAACCCUGAUAGUGUGCACGCUGAUCCUUGGUGUUGGCUCGGAGCUGGCGCAAGGCAUGCUGCCCAACGACCGCGAGUUCGAUCCGUGGGAUGUUCUGGCAAAUGUGCUGGGAAGCUUGAGCGCGUUGGGUCUGGCCAAUACGUACGCAAAGCGUGCGGCGGAGCGGAGACGACGUGCAAAGUUUGCAGCGCUGAUCGGAGAAGGGGACGCGGACGUGGAGCUGGGCGAGGGCCCCGGACUCGGGCAAUCGAACGGUGACUUCGGUGGACCAUCGGCGCAGGAAACGGGAGUGACGCAUAGGAGUGUGGAGGAAGAGCUGGACAACUGGGACGAGAACAUUCCUGAUGAUGCAUGGGACGAGGACGAUGUUGACGGAAUGGGAACGAAGAAGAUGACACCCGCUACAAGCAGUACCGGCUCUGAGGACAUAUCAGGAGCGUCAAAGAAGGUCGCCGUGGACUAG